UACCCGCUCGGUUUGUUUCGGGAUUGCCCGGACAUUUUCGCCUCUUUGUUUUACUGAAAGUGGAUUUAACUCGGAUUCAACCCAAGAUCCUGCGGACUGUUCUGCCCAGAAACAGUCACAUGAAGCACAAUCAAUAAUGCAGAGCUAACGACACAAUACCCCCUGUCGGAAGAAAGGUGGCAGCCAGAUUGUCGACAUUUAACACAUGGCGGCUCUAGGGAACCCCGAGAUGCUGACCAGGAAGAUUAAGUUAUGGGAUAUAAAUGCUCACAUCACCUGUCGUCUGUGUGAGGGGUACUUGAUAGAUGCCACCACUGUAACAGAAUGUUUACAUACAUUCUGCAGGAGCUGCCUGGUGAAGUACCUGGAAGAGAACAAUACAUGUCCAACGUGCAGAAUUGUUAUUCAUCAGAGCCAUCCUUUACAGUACAUUGGCCAUGACCGAACAAUGCAAGACAUCGUCUACAAACUGGUGCCUGGGCUUCAAGAAGCGGAAAUGAAGAAGCAGAGAGAGUUCUAUCAGAAAUUGGGAAUGGAAGUGCCUGGAGACAUCAAAGGGGAACUCUGUAACAUGAAACCACAUUUAGACCCUCAGCGAAAUGGUGAUACAAAACCAGAGGACACACUGAACAAAGAGACAGCAGAAGAGAAGCAAGAUGAAGACAAUGAUUACCACAGAAGCGAUGAACAGGUAAGCAUCUGCUUGGAAUGCAACAGCAGUAAGCUACGAGGAUUGAAACGCAAGUGGAUCCGGUGCUCUGCACAAGCUACCGUCCUACACUUGAAGAAGUUCAUAGCCAAAAAGCUCAACCUGGCAUCCUUUAACGAGCUGGAUAUUUUAUGCAAUGAAGAAAUCUUGGGCAAGGACCAUACGUUGAAAUUUGUAGUUGUAACAAGAUGGAGAUUUAAGAAGUCCCCCCUUCUUCUGCAUUACAGACCUAAAAUGGAUUUGCUGUAGGACAGAGCGGUUGUUUUGGCCCACUGGCCCAGGACUGUGCAGCAUUUUACUUAUGCAGAGACUAUCACCCAGCACAAAGUGCACCAAAAAAAACUCACAUAACACAAACCAGCAAGCCACAAACGCAGGAACUGAUACUGUAACUUUGUGGGGGGGGGAGAAACAACCUUUCUUUGUCCGCUAUGUCCUAGAUAUGUGAAAUAUUUGAAGAAAGCAUAUAUUUAUACUUUUGUACAGAAGAGAGAUUGGAAAAGGCACCAAGACACUACUGGUACACAGUUUACACAAGAAAAAAAAAGGUUUCGUACUUCAGGACAUCAAUCCUUUUUGUUGCAAACGUUUUGAAAGGUAAUUUGGGGCAGAAGAGGUUUUUUUAACAACACAUUUUCUUUCAGGUCACACUUUAUAUGUCUUGGGAGCACAGAAAGUAUAUAUAGUUAUAUAUGAAAUAAUUUCUAAACUGUUUAUUGAGUUGUAUAUUGUCUCCAAACAUUUUUUGUUAAUUUUCUUACUUUUGAGUCAAUUGUGAAUAGACUGGAUUUAAUAUUUUUGUGUAGUUAUUUAUGUUCUAUAUACAAGUCUUGUAUAUAAAAGUCCUUAGAAAUGUUUUGAGCGAACUCUAGGCAUGGUUUCAGAAAGUGCUGUAAUUGGGGCUACCAUUGUGUUGUAAAACUCAGAACAACAGACUUUGGUAUAAAAAACACACCAGCUUCUUAUAUUAGUAAAUUUAUGGUUUCCUUUCAUUUACAACCUUUUGUAUUGUAUUAUGUUCCUUUUCUAACAAAAAACUUACCACUGGUCUUUAUUGGCAAAAGGCAAAACAAAUUCUUUUCCUUGAAAAUGUCAGUGCAAAUAUGGAAUUGCUUAAUGCUUCAUCAACAUUAUGGGAGCAAUACGUUUUGGAAACAUCUGGUGAAUAGAAACUGUUUUUGAAGUACAUUCAAAACUGGGCUGAACUGGGAGGUCAACUGCUAAAUAUGGGAUAGCAUUGAUCUGCACAGAAAUCUCGAUUUUCAGUAGGCUUUGUUCAACAGAGUUUAGAUAUCGCAGUAAACCUGCAGUAGAUUCUUUGUAUUUCUUUAGAAGACUAAGAAACAGGCACUAGAAUGGUCCAGAUCCCAUGUCAUAUAUAAUCUAUUUGAAAUUGCUUAAAGUUGAAGGAAAAUGUAAAAUUGACGUUUUUUAAUGUAAUUAAGAAAUGUGGGUAACUUUUAAAAGUUAGUGAAAGCCCCAAAGAAAACCUUAAUGUCUCAGUAAUUUGUAUACAAUACAUGCCCAGUUUAGAAUUCUGAAAAAGCUUAGGAAAUGUGUAUUUAGUACUUGUUGUACAGGCACACAACAGAUAAAAUAUGCACUUUGUUGUUUCCGUCCUCUUGACUCAACCAUAAAUGCCAUAGGUGACACGAGACCUUAUCAUGUCACUUCACAUAUGCGGUGUGUUAUUAUCAGGAAUAGAAGAUUCAUAUCCAAGGGCAAAGUUGGAAAUUCUCAGAGCAGUCAUCUCCUAACCCACCAGUGAAUGUAUUUUCCCCAAACAGUUUUCUUUUACCAUGAACGGUUUCCAAGCUUAUUGCCACCUACAUUGCCAAAUGCACAGCCUAAUCCAUAGAGUUUUUAUGCUUGGCUUCUCUGUUUUGUGUGGCAGGCUGUUUGAGUUUACAUACUGAAUUAAUAGUUUAAAUGAGAUCUUCUGAAAGGUAUUUGUAAAUGUUUGAUUUAAUAGCAAAUAACUUAGUUUUAAUGCAAGCAUAACCUAAGAAAGGUGAAAGCCACCAUUUUUAUAUCAAAAAUUGCUUUGAAUAAACCACGAAGGUUAAAUUCAUUUUGUGCUAACCGUGAAAUAUUUGGUACAAAGCCAUGAAAAGCUACAACAUAGGUAAAAUAGUUGACUUUUCAUAGAUAUAUAUAAUGGCAGAACAGUGUUAAGUGCUAUUUUUAAUAGUGCAUACAAAAUACUGAUUUUGUGGUUUAUUUCGCUUGUCUAGUAGCCCAGAAAUUAAACAAAAACCUACUGUUGAUAUAAGGAUAUUUUAAAAUGUUUAAUAUUGAGUGACCUGUGUUUAAUAUUCAAAGUAAGAUAUUUUACAACUUCCUAGUGAGAAAUCUAAGAAGAUUACUGUAAGAUGAUGUUUUCCAUCUUGUAAUCUGAAUAGUGUUCUGAUAUCUAAAGUAAAGCAAGCAAAAAUGUAUUUGAACUACAGAUUUUUGCUGCACUGCACCAAAUUAAUGAUAAGUGAUUUCUGUUUUUAAUUGUUUAGGAGUAAUGGUGCAGAAGAAAGAAAAAAUAUGAAGGCAGAUAACGAAUCUUUUUGCCCUAUUUCAUAAUAUAAAACAUUUGCAUGGGAUCACAUCACCAAGUUCAGUACCAAUAAAACUGAAGGGGGGUGGGGGGGGUUGGACUUCCUCUCCUUUCUCAUUUGAUAAUGUUUUUAUAGAAAUUUCCUUUUGUUUAACAUAAAACACACAUUCGGUUGCAGCCUUUAAUUCUGUUAAGCAAAUUUUGAUAUCAAAAUGUUUUGGUUGGAAAUUCAGGAGAAGAAUUUAUGAUGUUUUUAUACAUUAGUAAGAAAACAACCUCUAAUUGACAGGUUGCUUAUGGUCAUGAAUCUGCCCUCUGAACUGUCUUUUAAUACAGAAUUACUUUUUUGCAAAACCAAUGUUUCUAACUUUUUUUCUGUAGAAAGUCUGAUAAGUGCUUAUUGGUUUUGCAUCCUAAUGCACAUUUAAGAGGGCUAAUUUUCCACCUCAAACGAUCUGAAAGAAUGGUGGAUAAUUCAGACCACAAAUGGGUACAUUGCCUUCUUUCUAUUGAUCUGGUGCUGUCUUGAGUGCCGUUAAAUGGGUUAAUUCAGUAUAAAAAUGGCUAGUUCAUAAAUUUUUAUUUAACUGGUCAUUGAUCAAAAGUCUGCCAUUUUUUAAUUUGAAAUUUAAAAUCGCCAAUUAUUUUUGUUCUACCCACCCAAUCUGAAAUGGACAUUUGUGUGUUUUUCAUGUCUCGGCUAGCAGCUACGAACCCUGCAGUAGCACACGGGAGAAUGAGGAAGUGCAGACAUGUUUCUCAAACCCGCCCACUUUCAAACCAUUUAUCUUUUAACAUGUCACAUGCCUGUGCUGGAGGUUCAGCACUGAUUGGAGAAGUGGUGCGUCCCUCAUUGACAGCACUAUAGGCCUGCAAGCAUCUGGGAAGCUGCAGGGGUAGGGGAGAGCUGAACAUCUCAACCUUUGAUGGCACUCAGGUGCUUGUAUGGUGCUGACUGGGGAAUCGUGAGCAUCAUAGGCAAUCAAAUUAACAGGUUUAAACCCACGAUCAUAGCACACAGCCUUCACUUAGGCAAAUUCCAUUACUAGUUGAGGUCAGCAAUGCUUUAAUUUUUUAAGCAUAAUCCACUGACAUUACUCCAUGCUUCCCUUGCCCUUUGUCUUUUGCCUUUAACCAUACAAAAGCAAAGCUAUUGUGUCAUGCCAAUAGGCUUUUUGUAUACCUAAGCAAACUAGCAGCUUUAUGUAUGAUAGAAUCUGCUUUAAUUUUUAAUGUCUGAAGCUUGAAAACAGUAUUUUACAUUUACGUUCUUAUGAUUACUUACUUCAUGUACAUGUAUACCUUUUGGAUUCUGAGCAAUGAAAUGGCUGCAGUGUGAAAAUUGAGUAUUUUAAAAAUGUUGAGCCAGACAUCACUUCAUUCUUGUGGAUCUAUAAGAUCAGUGUCAAUUACUUUUUUAAAACUGAUGUAAUUAGACAAAGGCUUUUGUUACUUUAUUUUGGUUUAAUUUUUUCAAGGUGUGUUUUGUAUUUGGAGGUAAAUGUUCAGGAAUUCAAUGGUGCGAGUUCUGGAACAGAGUUUCUGUAAGCCUAAAGAUGGAUAAGCUCUGCCAUUGUGAAUGGUGGUAGUAUUUUGUCUCGGCACUGGAACUGAUUAUGGUGCUAACAUUUUAUACUGUAAACUCUGGUGCAAAUCAGUUUCCAAUGCAAAGUACUGCGGCUUUUACCAGCUCAUUGUAUAAAGAACAUGAACAAUACACUUUUCUAUAACUUUCAGUUAAGACCCGACUAAGAACUGACAAGCAAUUUUUAAAAAAAAACAUUUACUAUUGUUGUAGCUCUCAUUUCAACAUAAAAUAAUGCUUAAUGUCUGAAUGCAUACAGUAUUUUAAUGCAGAAAGCAAAAUAUAGUCAGCUCAUGUCAACAUUAGUAUUUAUUUGUGAUCGAGUUGUUUGUACUUUGUCCUCUUUUGAGAGCACAUAUCCUGACCAUGCAGUAUCAGUCAAUGUAUGCAACAUGUUUUUAGCACACUUUUUCUUUCCACUGGCAAAUUUCCAGCAUUUUCACAGGCCCUCUAGUCUACCUCAGUGGAUCUUUUGGACAUCAUGUUCUCUGGCCUUAUGAUUGUUGUUUUGAUUUGUGAAGAACUUAUUAAGCUCUUGAAACCAGUCAUUCAGAGAUGUGAUGGUGUACCAAUAGAACUCUUGAAUGUUAAUAGGGGUGGAAGGUAACUUGUCUUUUGUUUUUCACCUCAGGCAUUACAAUACAUGUUAAAAGAUGAUUUUUUUGUAGUUUUAUCCAUAAUGAUGUUGAGACAGUCAAAAGAAUGACUCCACUAAACUGUUUCACAAAAAAAGCAUUAAGUGCAAUUAGCACUGUCCAGAAUUAUAAAGGUACUCCUGUACUCUGAUUGAAGUCUGUCACUUACAUUUGCUAAGGGGGAACUAAAGAGUCUUGGUGGUAUCAACCUUUUACUGAGACAUUAAAGGAAGGCUGCAUCUUGACAUUGAAUUGACAAAGAGACAUUUAUGUGAUCAAGAUGUAUAGAUUUCCAACCUUUUAGUGUUAGUGCUUUAGCAGUGAGAAUCAAAUGGAGCUGAAGAUGUGCUCAUAAAGCUGGUUUUAAUCUACAGUACACUAGUACACUGUUACUUUGGUUUUUAUUCUGUAAUUAUUCAACCUAUCAGGGUUGAUAUCUGUGUCGUACAUGUUUCCAAAAAGUUACAAAAACCUCGUCCCAGUUUGGUGAUCCACACAGCACCAAUUACAUAUUUACAUUAAUGUAUAUUGUGUUCAAUACACUAAUGUCCCUCACUUAUUAUUAACAUGAAGAUGUGAUUUUUAAAUUCGGUGUACACCAGUACAGAUUUUGAAAUCUGUUGUUGGUUGUCUUGAAACCCCAAUUAGCAGGGAUUACAUGCCUUAUUAGUAUACACUUGUAUAUAUAUAUACAGUGUUUUCCUAGAAGCUGCUUUCUGUUGUUCUCUUAAUUGGGAGGUACAUAAUUGCUUCAUGUGAAUUAGAAAGAUCUUUGUUUUAUUUGUAGUGUGAUCCAGAGUUUGAUGUGUUUUUAAUAGGGUAUUAAAUGUCAGCUUGUUAAAUUGACCUGGCUGAUAAAUUUUUGGACUAAACAGCUUUACAGUGCUUUCUUUGAGUACAAGUAUUGUGAAGGGUCAUAUGCCAAUAGGUGGGACUAUUUAGUAGGACUGUCUUUCCCCUCUUUUUUUAGCAUUUUAACAUAUCGUCAGUGAUUGAAUUUGGAUAUCCGACUCUACAAUUUUCAGAAUGCCAUUCUUUUAAAUGUCAUUUGAGUACAGCAGGAGUUUUUUUCAAAGAGUUUUCUGCUUGUUUUAUAUGGUUGUCAACAGAGAAAGGUUGCAUCAUUUGAAGUAAAUAACGGAAAAGGUGACUUAUUUCAAAUUUAGUUUGCCUGUUUCAAGAACUGAAAUAUUCAAAAAUAAUACCAAUCUUAAUCCUGUUAGAAAACAUUUGUUUUCUUACCAAUUAAUGGUAACGCAACUGAGAUUAAUAUUACCAUUUAAUGAAAAAGUAAAUUUUGCAUUUAGAGGUGCAGUUGUUUUCAGUACAGCCCCCCAGAAACAAUUAUUAAAAACUUAAAAAAAAUUGUAAUCUACAUCUAAUGCUUCCUACUGAUACCCCUUAGUCUGUGCUCAGUGAUAUGGUUUCAGGAUGGACUCUUGAAUAUUGUAUGAUACUGUAAUGCAAUUUUACCUAAUUUUUCAGUGUCUGUCAAUAGCAGUCCCAAAGGCACAUGUGUAGCUCUAACUGAAUCUACUCCAGUAAAAUGUAUGUUUGGUGGGUGUGUUUAAGUCAUUUCUCAAAAGGAACAUGAAUAGCAAGAAAGAAAUACAGGGCUAUAAAAGAGUAGCUGAAGACAAUAAAAUUAUGGCCUGCCAAAGUUCAGUAAGUUAUCUGUAUGCUUAUGUCCAAUAGUUUACCAAUUUUAUAAAAAAUAUUCAUACUCUGGUCAUACCAUUAUUGUAACAGAAAUAGGUCUUGACAGGCCUAAAAAUUGAAACGUACAUCUGCUUUUUUAAAUUCUAGAGUGAGAAAUGAAGCUUGUCAGAAUCUAAAGAUGGUUUUGUUCAGCUAGUACAUGGGUGCCCAGACUUUGACACAGGAUCUAAAUUUUCUACAGUAAUAUCAAUGCAUUCUACCGGCAUAGUCUCCCUCCUACCCCAUAGAUAAAUAUUUAACAGGUUGUGCUAUAUAGGUACAGUAAUAUCUGUAGAUAAAAAGUAUAAGAACGUAAGAAAACAUACCUACACACUUAUGUAUACAAAGUCUGUUAAGAAAUGUCCUUAUUGUCACAUUUUUGUCCCUUUUCAACUAUAUUGAGACUGAUCAGAUGCACGAUACUUUUAUUAAUUUUGCCUAGAAAUACAUUUUUACCUUUUCAAUGACUACCUUUCAUAGUUUGAUUUUAACAGAAAUUUCACCCACACCUCUCGUUAACAAUUUUGAAAUGCUUUCCGUUUCCUUUCACUACGCUUGUAUGUCAAAUCAAGUGUGCACGUUUUAACUGGUCAUCUUAAUGUACUCCCCCCACUCAUUUUCAAAGUUUCUGUUUUUUUCAUAAUAAAUACAGCACUCAUUUUAGGACCCCAUCCUCAAGAUAUAUAAAACCUAAGAACAGUCUAAUACAUGUAAAUGAAAAUUUCAAGUACCUCUGCUCUCUUCUAUGAUUUCAAGACACUACCUUGGGACUGGGUAACACUUAAAAAUAACAUUUUGCCAUCUGGCCCCAAGCAUAUUUGCCCUUUCCACCAUAUCAAACUUCAUUAAUUUCUCCGGGCUAAUCCCCCUCCUGCCAGCCACAUAAAUGUUCUGGCUCCUGCCAAUCUUUACAAUCUUAUUGAGAAUUACUAUUGUUUCUAUAAAUUAGUUUCUGAUCGAUGUCUUGGGCACCCCUGGGCUAGUACAAUAGCUGGUGUAUCAAAGUUAAAUUGGAUCUGUAGUUUUUCAAAAUCUUGUAUUUAUUGAUAUGACAACAUAAUGACAAAAAUAUGAGUAGAAACUGUAGUGAUAAACUAAUUUUUAAAAGUUGUAGUGAUACAGUAUGUACGAAGCAUUAAAACCUUCAAAAGAGUGACAGUAUUUGGCAGUCUUGCAGAGAUUCGACAGUAGAGAGUUGCUUUAAUUAUCCAUAUGCAAAUCUACCAAAAAAUCUCAAACGGGGAAAAAAAGCAUAGUUCCUAAAAUAACAUUGAGGCAACUAAUGUACAAUGGACAAUAUAUUUGCAGCUGUUUGUAAUGCAAAUGUAAAAAGCCGCAGUAGCCAACCUUCACGCUGGUGAGUUCCUCGUAGCCAGGACUGCCAUCAUCUGUUUUGUAGCCUGAAAAAGAAAAGGUUGUACUGCAAGGGUUUUUUUGUUCAGUAGCUGAGCCAUUUCAGUAUGAGGGCAAAGCUCUAUGGUUCUUAAGAAUUCACAGCUUUGUGGAUAUCAGAGUUUCAGGUGUAGUCAUUUAUAUUUCUUAUCCUGGCUAAAUAUGACUAUAACCAUAAGUAUGGAAUCUUGGGGUUUCUUGCACGAAAAGAAUUCUAUAAAACUUAAUAAUGUACUUUUAACACUUUCCCCUUCCUAGCAUUAUGCUGUGUACUCUGCUUUUUUUCAUUCAUUUUAUUGUUGUGGAAUGUGAUUAUGUUUGCAUUAUUGUUUUCUGUGUGCAACAUACACUUUAAAAUGUGCUCCUUUUGGGAACAAGGUCUUAUAAUUACUUUAAUGUGGCAAUGUUCAGUAGGCUAUAUUUUUUGAAAAAAGAAAUGUGCAAUAUACGUGUCUCAGAUGGUUUAAAAUUCCAACCUGGAACUCAAGGUUUCUCCUAUUUUCCUGUCAUUUACUCAGGUUUCCGAUUUCCUUCUCAGUAACCUAUCAAGUUGACUGGGAAUAUCAGAUCACACUAAUGCAGACUUAAGCAAAAUGGUGGAGGUUUUAUGGUUUUUAUUUUAUUCUUGUUCUCAAUGUUUUGUGAUACAUGUGUUGAGAUUUGAUUUACAACAUGGGCACUUAGCUUGGUGUCUUUUUCUUUGUUGUUUUUUUUAAUAUAAUUAUUUAUUGCACAUGUAAUAAAACUUUGUUUUCAUUGCCAUGUCAAAGCAGUUGGGAGUUGAAGCUCAGUCAAGUUAGAGAACUGGGCUUGUUUUUCUGCCACACAUUAUUAAGGAAGCAUUUUGUUGAAAAAUUCAGAGUGUGUAUUUCAUUAAUAAAUGCCUUUAAGUAGCCUUUUACUGUAUGUGUUUUAUCCCCCAGUCAGUGCUUGAGUACUGUUUGCAUACUGCUCACAAAAUGCUUGUUGAUUGUCCAUAAGCUUCAAUUAUACACUUUUUUUCCUUUCACAAUAAAAUUGACUCAAAUUAUAUAAUUGUAAGCACUA